AUGGAACAAGAUGUCAUAAAUUUGAAAAACCAUACUACUCAAUAUAAAGUACUGAAAGAUGAAGAAAUAAAACAAAAAGCCCUGAAGACAUAUAUGGAUAGCGAUGAGUAUAAAAAAGAAGUUGAAGCAAAUGUAAAGGCAGAAAAACUUUUACAGUUGCAAAACCAAACCGUACAGUAUGAAAACUUAGCACAAGAAAGUAAAAAUAACGACGCAGCCAUGCAAAAGGCAAUGAAAAGCGCAGAAUAUAUAAAAGCUAACAAUGACUGGUUAGAUGCCCAAGCCAACGCUAAAGCAGCCCAACUCAUAGGGUCAAUAAGGACAAAAAUACAAGCGGAUGAAGACAGUUCAAAUGAAGCUUUAACGAAUGCUGACUUUAAGAACGCCUUCGAAGCUCUUCAUAGUAAGGUGAAACUAGUGAACGACUUCUCAUCUGGAAAGAAACUGAAGUCUGAAGGUUUCGACAAAGAGUUAAAAGAAGUAGCACAAAAUAUGACGAAAAUAACAGAUGCAGCAACGAGACAGGCAGUUCAAAGUGCCUAUGACGCCGUUAGAGCAACUGUUGUGAAAAGUCAAGAAAAAGAGUUACAACAGACCAAAACAGACCUAGUAAAUGCUUUCUUAAAAACGAAAAGUCAGGUAGGACAUUACGCUGCAGAUGGAACAUAUGUGCCAGCUGGUGGAACUUAUAUACCAGCUGGUGGAACUUAUAUACUAGCUGGUGGAACUUAUAUACCACCAAACCCUCCAAGAGAAGCACCUGCACCAGGACUACCUAAAACAUUUACAUCGUCACAUGGACAUAGACACAGGCAUGCACCAAAACCAACACAACAACCAGCACAACAACCACCUCCACAACCAGCACAACAACCAACAGUUCAAAACCCUGCACAGCAACCAACAGUUCAAAACCCUGCACAGCAACAACAACAACCAGCACAACAACAACCACAAACAGAGCAAGGACAUAAAAGAAGUAGAGAACAAGGAAACCAAGAAUUCUUAAAAAUGCUUAAAGAAGAGUGUGGUUUCCCAGAUACUGUUGACUUUAGUGACAGAUAUAAAGAAGCUAUUAGAAAGUUCAAGGAAGGAAAUACUGACCCGAACCUAUUUAGCUUUAUGACUCAGCACCAAAUGGGAUAUAAUUUCAAACCUGGAAAAUACAAGCUCGCUAAGAGAUAUGAUUUAAUAGCAUAUCAUCCAAAUGACAUGAACGAAUUUACUCCGAGAUAUUUGAUGUCAGAGCUAAAUGACAAUUCAACUUUCGUCAUGAAACGCGUAAAAAAUAGAGACGGAACGAAAGAACAAAGGCUUAUGAAUGCGGAUGACGUAGAUAGGGAAAUUGUUGAAAACG